GGAAGCGAUGGAUGCGUUGAAUGCCAUCUGUUAUUCAUUUCACACUUACUUCACAUUUAUUUACAUUCAUAUCAUUAUAUGAUUGCCUGAACUCAAGACAUACCACUUGAAGACCAAGUGAUGGAUAAAUUGCGUCGGGCUUUGAGUGGAGACGAGUCGGUCGGCAGCGGAGGUGAUGACGAAGAACAGGGAUUCGCCGCUCAGAUCUCAUCGGCGACAUCACUCAGUUGGUCCACUCGUAUACAAGGCUUUGCCAUCUGUUUUGUCUUGGGUUUUGUCUUCUCUAUCUUGGGAUCCGCUUUAAUAGCGUUACCGAAAGGCUUA